AUGGCAGAUAUGAUAAGUAAACCCAAAUAGAUACUUAUUUUACUAACUGUAGUUUAAUUUAAGCAUUAUUAAACAAUGAUCAUUACAUGGGAUUUAACUUAUUUGUAGGAAACUUAAUUAAUCAAGAAUAUUCUGUUUUAUUCACAACUUCGAAUCAAUUUAACUAAAUUAAUAAAACUGGGACGGCUUGCAGUUUUAGUAACAUUGGAGAGAAUCAGAUGAAAAAGUAAAAGAAAGCCUAAAAAGUUAGAAUAAAUAAUAGAAGCUGAGGACAAUAUAGAUGCAUUAUUCGUAAAGCUGUUUUCUUUAGCACAAGAACGGUUUUAAUGCAAGGAAGAUUAUUCAAAUUCUCACCUGAAGAGUCCUACUUUUUCAUUACAGAAUGCAGGCUCAAUUAGGAUAAAGAGGAACAAGAACGAAUUCUACAAUAAUCUAUGA